AUGCGAGUGGCAAGUUUAACCAUUCCCAGACCAACAUUGAAAUAUAAUGAUUGGAAUCAUGUGUCACUUGUAAUUAAGAGUUCAUCAGGGCCUUAUAUUAUUAGCAGUUGGCCAUUUGCAUUUCCUCGAUUUAAAUAUAAAGAAGAUGAAAUUUUAGAUAUUUGUAUUUAUGUCUCAAGAAAUGUUGAUGAUCUGUAUUCGGGUAGUGCAGAAAUAUAUCAAAUAAUAAAUUUCCCCUGCAUAUUACUUAAAGAUCUAAAUAUUUAUGGUAAAAAACAAUGGAUAUUGGGACUUAAAAGUAAAAGUGAUUGUACUAGUGAUUUGUUGUCAGAAAGGCCAGAAAAUGCAGUGUGUAUAAUAAAGGAAAUGGAAGAAAUGGCUAGAAGAAGUUUUACCAUACCUAAAAUAUAUUUAAUAUUCUGUUCAUGCAAUAAUACAAUUAUGAAUAUUGAAGAACAGUUUUGUGACUACAAUGAAUCAUUUGAAAAAAUAAAUAUUAAAUGUUUACCUAAUAGUGAUACUGGGGAUAAUGAAUUAGAAAAUAAAGUAGAUAAUAUGCAUCAUGAAAAUACAGAUACUCUAUUGAGUAAUAGGAUAAAACCGGAUGAUUCAAUUUCAAAAAUAUCUGGUAAAACUUCUGGAUCUAAUAAUGUAGCAAGAACUAAUCUAAUCAAGCAAAACAUUUCACAUAAUAGCAUUGAUAUAUCUCAUGCAAUUGCAAUGAUUCAAAAACAUAGAGAAAAAAGUUUGGUAAAUCUCAAAUUUUCAAAUAAUGAUCAGUUAGAUAGGGUUAGUAAUGAAUAUGAGUCUUAUCUGUAUAAUAAUGAACAAAAUAUAGGUCAAGAUAAAUGCGAUACUAAUACCAUUAUUAGUAGGAUUUUUGAAGGUAUAACACAAAAGCUAGGUAAAGUUUGUGAUUCUAAAAGUGUAAUUUCAAGAGAUUAUUCAUUAAACACGAAAAUAUUACUAGAGAAAAAGAUUACUCAAGAAAAGCUACUACUGUUACAGUAUUAUUUCUCAACUUGGCGUAAUAGGGUGAAACAAAGACAAUUAGUUAAAAGCAGUAGAAUAAAUACUGAAAAAAUUAAAGGAAUUUGCAAGAUUUCUAAUAUUAUUGAUAAUAAGGGGAGUUUUCUCAAAAUAUUUACUUUAAAUAAAUUAAUUCACAAUUAUUUAUUGAAAAAAACUGAAGAUAUACAUAGAGAAGAACUAAAACAUUACAUGAGAGAAAAAGAAAAUUUAAUUUUAGACUUUGAAAAAAAACUAAAAAUAAUUAUUUUUGAAAAUGAAAAUAAGCAAAAAGAAAAUAAAUUUAAGGUAGAAAAGCUUAUGGAGGAUUUAUCUAUAGGGGAAAGGCAAUAUAUAGAUGCCAUGAAUAAACUAGAAUUAGUUGAUACUCUAAAUAGAAAUAUUCAAAAUGAGUUGGAAAAUAAAAAAUUGGAAAAUGAAAGAUUAAUUAAACAAUUUAAGGAGCUAAAGAGCUGCCUGAGUAAAUCAGAAUUAUUGUAUGAAAAAGAGCGUACUAUUUAUGAAGAGAAAUUGAAUUUAAUGACCAAAAGUUAUGAGGAUCUUAUGACAGAAUGCAAUAAUCAAAAAUCGGAACUUAAUAAUCUCAAAGAAGAUGGAAAAAAGGAGAAUUUACAACAAAUUGAAGAAAUAAAAUUAUUAAAGGAAGAGCUAGAUAAUUUGAGGUUUAGAUUAAAUAAUGAAAUUGAAGAAAAAAAUGCAAUUGAAUUUAUAAAGAACAAAUUAGAGACUCAAAUAAGCGAAAAUAGCAAAAUAACCCAACUAUGUGAGGAUAAACUAAAGAAAAAAAUUGAAAAUAUGAAUAAAGAAUAUGAUUUCUUAAAACUUAGAUGUAAUCAAAUAGAAGAGGAGGUGCAAAUUCUACAUGUAAAAAAUAAAGAUUUAUGUAAUGAAAAUAAUACAUUAAAAUCUAAUAAUAGUGAAUUAGAAAAAGAAAAAAGCUCAUUAUUACUAUCAGUAUAUGAUUUAAUAAAUCAAGUGGAAAUAGAAAAAAUUGAAAGAAUUCAAGAACUUGAAAAUUCUAGAAUUUUAUUUCAAAGUAUCAAUUAUAGUAAUGGAAAUAUAUGUAAUCUUAAUAUGCAAGUAGUUGAUAAUGAUAACAAAAAAAGGUUAUAUUCCUCUGAUUCAUCAGAUAAUAAUGAUUUAUUACUAGAAGAUUUAAAAAAAUCAUUUUUUGAAGAAUCUUCAGAAGAUAAUGCUAAAAAAAUUCUGAAUGAAAGUGUUGAUAUUUUUGAACAAUCAGGUAAAUAUUCUGAAGAUUUUACAUAUAAUUUAGAUGAUUUAAUAAAUCAGUAUAAAAAACUAAAUGAGAAGUUUAUUAUAUUACAAAAUGAGUUACAUAAAUACACUAAUAAUUGUUAUUGUCUAAAAAAUAAUAAGUGGAGUAUAGUAAGUAAUAUUGUGCAAGUACAAAUAAUUGAUUGUAAUGUAAGCUUGAAAAAUUUGAAAAUAAAAAAUAAUGAAUUAAAGAUGAAGUUUAAUAAUACUUUAGAAGAACUUAAAAAAACUAAAAGAUUAUAUCAACAUAUGAAAAUUAUUAGAAAUAAACAAACACUAACUAUUAACCAAUAUAUCAGACAAAGAAAUAUUAAAAAUAUCAUAUAUAAUAAAAAUAGGAAUUUUAAGUUAAAAAGAGUCAAUGAAUUGUCUUUAAAUAUACUUUCAUAUGAUAUUCAACAAAUUGAUGGUGGAACUUAUUCAGAAAAUAUUGAUCUACCACUAGAAAGUAAACGACCUGAACAACUUGAAAAAAGGGUACAGUCUCUUAUAAAAGAAUUUAAAAAUAUUCAAAAUCUAAAAAAUUGUGAUGAGAUUCAGCCAUGUAUUAGAAAACAAUUACUCAAUGAAAUAUCAUCAAUAGAUGAAGCAAGCUUUAUUUUUGAAUCAGUAGUUGAAAUGCUUAAAGCAGCAAUAACAGUAAUAAAGCCACAAAAUAAAGAUUUAGAUGAAUCAUUAAAUAAAUCAAUUGAAUCAUUAGAUUCAUUAGAUAAAAUCAAUAUAAUUUCAUCAAAUACAUUAAAGGAGAUAUAUAACACUACAAAUAGUACAGAUCUAAAUCAUGAAUUAAACAAAAAUGUUACUAAUCGUAAUAAUAAUCUAAGUGAAUCAAAAUAUAAUAUGAAUUCUAGUGGAUUAUUAGAUACAAAUCAGCCAAAUUCAUUAAUAGUACGUCAAAAACAUAUACUUCAACCAGUAAAUUCGCAAAUAACACCUAUAAUAUAUCCAAAAACUACUCAAACACUGAAAAAAUCAGUAUCUAAUCAUAUUUAUCAAAAUUGUGAUAUGAUUAGAUACCAGCAUAUCCAUGCAACAAAUAACUCUAAUCAAAUAAACCAACUUCCUAUAAAUCCAAUUAUAUCAAAUACUAAUGUAAAUUUUACUGAUAAUACUAAAAUACCAAGACGUUAUUCAUCACUACCAAAAUAUUCUUUUAGAACAACAGUAAAAUCUAAUAUUGUUGAACAAAAUAAUAUGACAUAUAUAAAUCGUCCAUAUGUACAAAAUACUAAUACAACUAGUUAUUCUAAUAUAUAUAAUUGGAGAAUAUGA